UUUAUAAUAUGCUGCUGUCUUGUAAUGCAUUUUCCAUGAUGUCUGGGCCCUCCCACAUCCCAGGUGAAAGAAAAAUGCAGUAGUUAAUCAGACUGAUGUUGCUAGGCUGAAUAUUCAUAACAUCUUAAAUCAUGGACAUUUGCACAAGAAACCAAGGCUGCCAAAUGAAGCCUAAAAUAGCUGUCAAAAAAGAAAAUUUUAGUGAAAAUUUACUGAACUCUGUGAAGUCAUUGCUACAAAGCCGGAAGGAACUUUGCAGUAUCUCAGCCAGCGAGUGUGUAAAUGAUGGGAUGAAAAGAAGUGUUACUGAGAUUAUGUUUCUUGGCCUCUCUGAGGAAUCUGGAGCUGCACAUGUUCAGGAUUUAGCUGCUUUGCAUGUGGACCUACCUGAAUUGAUAAGAUCGUUUCACCUCUGCAGUCUAAAUGAAGAUGAAGUUAUUUUGAUGAAUGAUGGAAGAGAAAAUACCAAAUUCUCUGGAACACAGGGAUGUUUUCCUGGUAUAGUGUGUGUGAUGACAACAUCUGCAAAAUCCCCAUAUUUAAAAAAUGAUUCCUUAUUUAUCCUCCUAAGCAAAUACACCAGAGGAAUAAGAUAUACAUUGGAGCAGCACUGCUUAAAGAAAAUGAAUACAAAUAUCUCUCAUAAUGAGGAUGAUGAUACCAAUCAAUCUGUUUCUUCAAUUGAGGAUGAUUUUGUUACCGCUUUUGAGCACUUAGAUGAGGAAGAGUCCGUACCUACAAAUGAAAACCUGGGAGAAUGCGGUUUCAUAAGACAUCAACGAGAUGCUGCUUCACAAACACAGCCUUCUCAUUAUCUUGAUAUCAGUGGGUCAAAAAUUAUAUUUAGCUCAGUGCGCCGAAGAUCAUCUAUAAAAGCUGCAACAUUAAUGAAUUUCAUGGGUAUUCCUGACCUGCAAGUUAAGAAUACUGUUACCACUUCUAUAUAUGAUCCCUGGAAGAAAAUUAACAUUUCUGGCCAACACAAGAAAAUAUUCACACACUCCUCUGCUGAGUCUUCAGAUUCUGACUGUUCAAGUCCAAGCCCUGUCAUUUUCUUAGAUGAAGAAGGGUAUCAAAAAAGCAUGAAAGCAAAACUUAACUUGCCAAAAAUUCCUGUUGUCAAAGAUGGUAUUGAAGAUUCUGACUCAGAAUUAAGUGAGUUUUUUGAUAGCUUUGAUCAGUUUGAUGACCAAGAACCAUUUUUAGAAAAUAGCAGUAAACCUCAUCAAACAUCCGUUCUGGUCAGCCCACCUAAAAAGAAAAAAUGUACACAUGGACAAAUUACAACUGCUGCUAUGAAUCCUCAGAAGUUUAAGUCGGACUGUCCCACACUGCUAGCUAAUGUAAGAAAGCCAACCCCUCGUAAACCAGAAUCUCCAUAUAGUAACAUAUGUACUGCUCCUGAUUCACCCCGUCCAGUAAAAACAUCCAAUAAUGAUACCGGCACUUUAUUUAGUACAAUUAGCUCAUCUGCUUUUAGUCCACUAGGUAUUACAACAACGGCUGAGUGCUUUUAUCAUGUGGAUAAUAAUGAAGAUGUUGCUUCAAAGAAAGAUAAUUCUUAUGCUGCUUAUAGUGAAUAUGCUAAUCGUGUAUGCACUGAAAUGUUCAACUCUCUAUUAAGCUCUAACCCUUCUACUAAGCUUGCUGUAACAAAAAAAGAGGAGAAAACUGCAAAACUUGCUAGAAAAUCUUGUAACAAAGAGACUGAGCGAAAACUGAAAUUCAAGCAAAAAACAGCUAAACUUGGCAUUCAGAAAUUUGCUACUGAGUUGGUUGAAAAAAGUUUUGGUAAUGCAUUUAAAGAUCUGCAAAAAGGUGUUACGACUUGUACAAGUGCCCUGUGUCAUUUAGCUGCUAGGUUAACGUCCUACGUAUUUCAAAUGGCUUUUUAUGAAAUUGGAAGGAGGCAAGCAUUUUCAAUAAAGAAACGGGCCAUUAAUAGUUUAGCAAACCUUAUGGUCAGUGAAGUUAUAACAAGUGCUCUGCAAGAUCUACGGUUUAUAAAGAAACAGAUGAUUACUAAUGCUGUUACCCGCUUUGCUGCAGACCUUGCAGAGGAACUUGUUUUUGAAGGUAUUAUGGAAGUGUGCCAGUUUUCCCAUCCUCCAACCCCAACAGUUUCCUCUUGUCAGAAUUUUGAUUAUGAAAAUGUUGUAGUUAGUUCUUAUGCAAAAGAUUUGUCAGAAUCUGUGAUUCAAGAAGCAUUCAUUGAGUUAUCCCAGGUGAAUGUGACUUUUACAACUCAAGCGGCCAUCAGUGUUUCCAUGGACAACCUAAAAUAUGUAAGUUCAGAAGGCAUGAUGCAGUCUGCACAAACAUCUGCUACAUUUCCUAAUAUGAAGGAUAGGAUUUAUAUACCCUAUAAUGUAGGACAUGAGUCAAAAAAAGAUUACAAUAUGCAUCAUGCUUUGUUCUUUACUUCAGGUCUUAUAAGUUCUAUUCCCGUUCCUGUUGCUGCUAAGGUACUUAGUGAAAAACGAUCUUCACUGACAGAUGGCCUAUAUAAUAAUGAUGGUGAAAAUGUUAAUACUUCCACAAAAAGAACAGAUGGAGGGUCACAUGAUAGACUUACUACUAAUAGCCAACUAAUGCAGCAUUCUUCUGCUUUGGAAGGCUGUGAUGACUUUAAUCAUAAGGUUAUUAAACCCUUCUCUACCUCGAUGGUGGAUAUAAUUGUAAAUGAAGCAUAUGAAGUUAUGACUUCCUCCAAAGUAACAAGAGCUACAGAAAAAAAGGUAACAAAAAAAGUUAUUGAUAUUCCAACCAAACAGGACAUUUUGAAUGAGAAAUCGUUAACCAAUCAUUUUGCAGAUGAGUUAGCCAGCUGUAUGUUGCAACAUUCCGUUGAUGAAAUUGCAGGUAUGAAUUUAAAUAAAUGUGUAACAGCUAGUGACUUGUUACCUGUCAUGGUUGAAAAAAAUAAAUCUUCAGAGCUAGACUCUAAAAUACUUAAAUAUGGAGCAACUUUGACAGAACAUCAUCUGGUUAACAAAUCUCCCUCAUCUCCAGAAUACACUCAGAGGUCCUUCUUAUCUAAAAUACAUUCUGAACAAGAAUGUAGUGAUAUCAACUCCUCAUUCUCAAGCGUUUCCAUAAAAGGUUUGCAUUUUUCAGCUAACAAAAUAAAUUCAGAAGGACCAUCUACAUCCGUAUAUGGGGAUAUGCCAGUUUCAUCAAUGUUUGGUUUUCAAAGCUGUCUUUCGCAUAUAAAUAGUUUUUCCUCAGCAAUGUGUAGCUGUAAUGGCAACUUCUUCAUUGAUGAUAAGGCAAGUCAAAGAUAUGCAAAUGGAAUUUUCCUACCUGGAACUCCACCACCAACUCCAUUAGCAUGUAAUGAAAUAAGUCCUGAAAGAAGCUUUAAAAAGCUUAGCAGGAAACUUAAAGGACAGUUGGCAAAAGAGUUUUAUCCGGCAACCCCACCCUCUACUCCCCAUCUAUCAGCUUUUGAACCUGACUGUAUGAAGAAAGAUGAGUUCAUGCUAAAACUGAUGAGAUCACUAUCAGAAGAAGUGGAGAGCUCCAGCAGCGAUGAUAAUUUUGAAGACUUUGAAAUUUCUGAAGAAACAUCGCAGUAUGCUGAUUAUUUAUCUACUAAUAUCAUAUCAAUUGCUACUGAAAUGGCAGCUUACUGUUUACAUGAUAAAUCCCUCCCAGGAGCAGUAGUAAAAAAUACAUCUUUGUUAAGUACCCUGAGUGAUAAAUGGGGAUACCCGGCAUACAUGAUGAAUUUAUCUGAAGGAACUUUAGAUACACUGUGCAGAUAUGCAAGUGGAGUUGCAGGAGAAGUCAUUAAUGAUGCAAAGAAAGUCGUUGGCAAGAGACAAACUACAUUAGUAAACAAAGUAAAAUGUGAUGUUGGUUAUUGUCAAAGACGGAAUGUCAUAGAUUAUAGUCAAAAAGAAAAAGGAUGUGCAUUUACAUGUAUGAGCUUUAAAGAAGAAGAUCCUAUCAAUCUCUUGUUGCCUCAAAGUAAUUAUUCAAUUGGUUUGACUUCAAAAUAUCCAAGUUGUGAAAGUGUGACAGAAGAGUAUGCAGACCACAUUAUACGGGUGCUGCAAAUGGAAGGGGGAAACAGUGAGUUGAUUAUCGAUCAGUAUGCUAGCAGAUUAGUUUAUAGAGCUAUAAAGUCUGGUCUACAGCAGGCUUCUAAAAAAAAUAAACAAAAAUGCAAUAAGAGAGUUGUCCCUCAUAUAAAUUCCGAAGCUAAUAGUACACAGGAAAUACUGAGACUUCUCAACAGGACACACAAGAAAGAAAAAGGCAGGUCAAUUAAAAACAAAUCCGCAAUUCAGUCAUAUAGUGAGGAAUCCUCUGUAGAUGGAAGAGAUGUGUUGAGACCACAGUUCACAGGCUUAUUACAUUUUGCAGAAUCUCUUGCAAACACCAUAACCUGCGAUGUAAGACAAAAACUUAAAAUAUCAGCUGCCUCUCUUCCUAAAUCACUGACUGAUUCUUGUCUGUAUACAAAAUCAAAAACUGAAGAUGUAACUGACAUUGUCAAAACGACUUACUCCAGCACUCUCAUUCCAUUUUCACAGAAAGAUAAACGGUAUCACAGCACCGGCAGUUUAAAUGAGCAUGGACUUAAUGAGGGUAUUAUGCAAGCAAUUGAGCAGUAUGCAUGCAAAGUUGUUGAUAAAACCUUAGAAUUUAGCAUGGAGACGGCAAGGCUUCAAGCUGUGGCAAAUAGAAAGAAAAUAGAUAAAACUCCAUAUUCAGGAAAACUUGUACAUACAUAUGGAACAGCUUGUAAGCUUUGCAGUGCAAAAGAGCAAAAUAAUUCAAUGUCGUCAUCUUGUCAUUUCUUGUUGGGACAUGAAGCCUCGAAAAAAAAUAAGCAGUGUUCAAAGUCUAAAUUCAAUUCCUCUAAAAAAACAAGAGUUUUACAUCUUAAUGUGCCCAAAAUUCAAAUUGAUAUUGAUAAAAGAACAAUAUUUGCUGAGAAAAUAGUUAGUGCUGCUAUUGAGAAAGCAGAACGUGAACUUAGCAACACAAGUUUAGCUGCUGACAGUGGGAUCGGGCAUGAUGGUUCCAGUUUUGCCGAAAGUCUGUCUACAGAAGUAAUGCUUCCUGCUAUGAAGAACCUUGGCCAUGUUGCUAACACGAGCAGCUCUAAUGGAAAAGAUGCAGAAUCUGUUACCAGUCAACAUACUAAUGUCAGCGUGUGUGAUGAGAGCACUGGGAGCUGGUCUAAUCUGAGUUUUGAAGAUGAACAUCAAGAUGAGAGCAGCAGUUUCCUACAUCUCAGUGACAGUAAUGGUAACAGCAGUAGCUGGAGCAGUCUGGGCUUGGAAGGAGAUAUGUACGAAGAAAAUGUAUCGUUUCCUACAUCUGACAGUGAUGGAACAGAAGAUAAAGGUGAAGGUUUGAACAUUAAUUCAGAAGUAAUUGGACAGCAUUGCAAGGCUUUACUUAUCAGAAACAUUGAUGUGGGGCCAUGCAGAAUCGACUCACAGCUCAGGACAACUUUACAAUGGAUUGUUGCUUCAGAGUCUGGAAUUUCUGAAAUACACUUUCAUGAAACUGCCCGAAAAGAGUUAUUGGAUCUUUCCAGAAGAUUGAGAGAGCGAGAAUGGAAAGUUGCUGACCUCUUACAAGCUGUUCUUCAGUACUGUGAAACCAUAGAAAAGUCAUCAAAUCUUCACAAAUCUUUGUUUAGUUGGCUCUUGGAAAAUUCAUAAAAAGCACUUUAUUUUACCAUUACUGGAAGAUAUUACAGCCACAGUUGUGAAGUUAACAAUA